CGUCCCCACUUACAAGAAAUGUGGACUGGCGAGCACGUUGCUGUUGAAUUUUGAUUGUGCAGUUGGUGCCGGACUUAAAUCAUAUUCGCAUUAUAGGGUACUAGCUCCGAUUUUAAAUACAAUAAAAGAAAUAAAUAAAUAAAUCCAAACGGCACAAUCCACGUUAGUUGAUAGGAAUGUGCUAGUGAAAAGUGUGUAAUAAAAACGAUUUUUUUAUGUUAUCUAUCAAAAGGAUUAUUUUAAGGACUGAAAAUAAGGAUUCGCAGAAAACGGAAACCCACAAGGGUGGGAGAAACACCAUGCAAUGUUCGAAAUUUUGAAGAUCGAGUCUAAUUUCAUAUCCUGGCAUAAUUCUUAAUAAUCUUUUGAGUGAUAUCUUUCAAAGUCUCUUUGUCAUCAAGCCGGUGUCCUUUGGAAUAGAGUGUCGCGGGAAGAACUGUAGGGAAACUGUUAUGAAGAUGAGCCGAUUCCGUUUCCUUUUAAUUCUGAUGUUUGCAACGGUAACUUUGGCUUUGGAUCAACGAAAAUUGAAACCGACAGACCCUAUCGUCAACAAUCAUUUACAAACUGCAGAUGAUGACUCCGGCGAUUCCGAGUAUAUGAAAAUCGAAGCGACAGGUGAUAAAAUUAAUAAAAAAACAAAAAACAAAACUGCGGAUGAUGAUAAACCCAAAACGUUAUCUCAACAAAUAGCCGACGGAAAAUAUGCUCUAAUACAAAAAGAGAUAUUUAGUAAGCCUCCAAAAAAAUUGGGAGUAUUGAGUUACGAUAUUAAUCAUGAGGUACCGAAUGACGAUAUUAAAAAUCUAGGGGGUUUGGAUAAAAACGAUAUUUGGUUGGCGGAAAAUCAUCUCUUGGUAUUGAGAGGUGGAGUAUUUCCACCUUACGAUGAUCGAAAAGACACAGGCGAAUCACCUUGGGCACCUUUGGACAAUUACAAAGCUCCCUUACACCAGGUGAAAAUACCGAAAAAUCCAAAGGUACCGCCGCCCUUUCCUGUCCAGCUCUUUGAAAACGGGCCGCUCCAAAUCCUGGGCACAAACUCUUCGAGAACGAUUAAUGGAACGUACGAAAAUGCCCUCAAUGCUAUUCCAUCACCCGAAGGAUAUCCCCCACCUCCGUCGUUCUACGAACCUCACAAUACCAAUAAGGCCAACUCUACUCCCUGGUCAGCUGCGUUGCCAAUAUCUAGCAACCCUCCACAGGGGGAGUAUCCAGGGGGGUUGCCGUUACCCCCAUUCCACUUGAACGGAACCUUGCCGCCUUCUUUGAAUUAUUUACCUCCAGGAUCCGUAAUAUUACCACCACCAGGAAAUCAAACAGAUUACAUAGAUUACGACGACCCUUCAAUUUAUUAUCCUCCGCCUUACAGUUUUUAUUAUCCAAAAGAUAAUACAUCCAACGUUCCUCCCGGACCGUUGGUACCAGGGAUUAUUUUACCUCCUCCUCCAAAUUUCUUCGCGCCCUUAGAAGACACUUCCUCAACUAGUUCUCCUACAAGAAAACCUCAGCGAUACAGAAAGCCAACGACAACUCAAGUCACAAUAACAAUUUCAAAAUCCACAACGAAAAAAGCUACUUCGUCUCCAAAAACAGUUAAAAUCUAUCCAAUAAAAAAUCACCAGUACCUCAGCGAAGUUAGGAAAACGGCUACUGCACGUCCUCCUAUAAAAUCGGUAACUAUCGUGCCAGAAGUAUACACCGCACCUCAAAAAUCUAGACACCAAAUAACGCAAGGUAAAAAGAAUGGUGUUACUAUUCUAAGACCGGUAAAUCCUCCACCACCUAGAUUAUUUACGUACGAAAACGAAAUACCCAAUAAUAAACCAUUCAAAAAUUAUGGUCCACCAGAAACUGAAAAAAUAAGCGUCACUACGACAACGCCUUCGAGAUACCAAUCGACAGAAAGCAACGACGAAGAAAACUAUAGUAGAAGUAGAAAAUAUAAAACUACCGCUCGACCUCGACAAUAUUAUUUUUACAACGAAAAUGAAGACGAAAACUCUCGUAAAAUUAACACGUUCAAAGAAAACAAUGAACCCUAUUAUGUUAGACCGAAACCUCUUGCGUCGAGACACAGAAGACCUCAAUAUGUGUAUGUUACAGCGAAACCUUACAACACGCAAAAACCAAGAUUCCGAUUCAUUCAGCAACCCGUGAAUCGAGAUACUUUUAACGUUCACAUAAGUAAAUUGAAAAAUCAGAUACAGAAUUAUUAUACUACUCCUUCUACUAGUAGUACCUUGCGAUCAGAACCUAAGCCGGUGUAUCAAUUCAGUUUCCAAGCUGCCAAUUAUCCAUCAGCCCAAAUACACAAAGAAGAUCGAUUCCAACGUAUACCAGCAGAAUAUACAGUAGAAAUUCAGCAAGCUAUAGAAAUAAUAACACCCAAAUAUCAAGAAAAUGUUUUGUACCAGCAUACCACCCAGCGGCCGUAUUAUCCUAGUACAACUCGUAAACAAGAAGUUACGCGAUACGUGAAUGAUAUGGCAACAUCUAAACCGGUAUCGGAAUAUUCAUUCGAGGUGACACCUAAUCCGGUAUACCAAAACUAUUACACUAAACCUGAAGUGAAUUAUUUUGACGAUAGAACUAAAACGUACUUUACAAUGUUUGGUAGGAAGUUGCCGACAAGUACAACACCAAUUCCCCGCGUACAACCAAGUCCAAAUUACCAACAAAAACCCGUAUCUUUAGAAGGAGACACGCUGGUGAACUACAUUCAUCCAAGACCUACCAUCAAUCCGGACGCUGAAAUCCUACCCAUUGACAAUACCCCGAGGUAUCCAAGCAUGGAGAGAUACUCAUCGAGGAAUCCUCAAAAAGGUAACUCUCAGAUAAUCAAAGCCAUAGAAGUACCUUCUAGUGAACCCCGGGACGGUUCUUUUAUAUCUUAUGAGUUACCAGGAGACGACGGAGCACAUUUUUACUUUCUCACACCUCAAUUGGCUCAAAGAAAAGACCAAGGCGCCGGUUUCUACUUCUCGAAAGCUAGGCGAAGAAGAAACGACAAGACUUUAGACGUACAAAGAUGAAUUAAUUGUAUUUGGGACACAGUUGAACUGAUUUAUUUUUUCAAACUAAUUAGUGCCUAUUCUAACUGGUCUGUGAUCAUGUUUUGGUGAUAAGCGAUAAAAACUGAAGGAUUUUAUAAGAUUGGCCGUUCAAUAUUGCUUGGGUACAAUUUUGACGAAAAAAAAACGGAAAUAAUUUAUUAUAAUGGGAAAAUAUUUAUCAAUGUGUUAUUGUAAUCUUGUCCAAAUGAUAUUGAACUAAAAAUUAAUUAAACAACUUUCGAAGAAAUAUUUUAUGGUUAAAACAAUGUUUAAAAAAAACCUUCUUAUUUGUAUAAAACAAUUAACGAGGAAUGUUUUUUGAGUGCAUUUUAAAAAUUAAAAAUCGAGCAGAUAUUGUUAAGUAAUUUUAUUUUUACCUAAAAGCCUGUACUUCAAUAUAUUUUUUAACAAAUUUUCAUUAAAUUUAAGACAUUUUU